UUGCAUACACGCGAACGACCUGUGUUGUUAAAAUGAUUAGCUGUAGUCAACAGUGAGAGAGACGAAACUCAAGACAACUAAAAGUGGCAGUCCCAAACUCAUCAUGGCUUGGACAAAAUAUCAGCUUUUUCUCGCCGGUCUGAUGCUCACCACAGGCUCGAUUAACACAUUAUCCGCAAAAUGGGCUGAUAUGUUCUCUGCACCUGGAUGUCAUGGUGUCCCAAACCACACCUUCUCCCACCCCUUUGUGCAGGCUGUGGGAAUGUUUUUGGGAGAGCUGUCCUGCCUUGUGGUGUUCUACAUUCUACUUUGUCAUGAUCGGCGCAAACCUGAGCCCACCAUGGAUCCAGGCGAAAGUUUCAACCCCCUUGUUUUCCUCCCUCCUGCGCUUUGUGACAUGAUCGGAACCUCCAUCAUGUAUGUUGCGCUGAACAUGACCAGCGCCUCCAGUUUCCAGAUGCUGCGAGGAGCUGUAAUCAUCUUCACCGGACUGUUGUCUGUAGCAUUUUUAGGACGACGACUGCAGCCAAGCCAGUGGGUUGGAAUCCUAGUCACCAUCCUUGGGCUGGUGGUGGUUGGCCUGGCUGACUUUUUGAGCCGCCAUGGAGAUGACUCUCAUAAACUCAGUGAGGUUAUCACAGGGGACCUUUUGAUCAUCAUGGCACAGAUUAUUGUUGCAGUCCAAAUGGUCCUGGAGGAGAAGUUUGUUUACAAACACAAUGUGCAUCCUUUAAAAGCUGUUGGGACUGAGGGCAUUUUUGGAUUUUUCAUCCUGUCUAUCCUCCUCAUCCCGAUGUUCUACAUCCAUGUUGGCAGUUUUGCAGAUAACCCACGACAGGUCCUUGAGGACGCACUGGACGCCUUCUGUCAAAUAGGCCAUAAGCCUCUCAUCUUGCUGGCAUUGCUGGGCAACACUGUGAGCAUCGCCUUCUUUAACUUUGCGGGCAUCAGUGUCACUAAGGAGAUAAGUGCCACCACCCGCAUGGUACUUGACAGUCUGCGUACUCUAGUCAUCUGGGCUGUGAGUUUGGCACUGGGUUGGGAGGUAUUCCAUGGCCUACAGAUUCUGGGCUUCAUUAUCCUCCUUGUGGGUACAGCACUGUACAAUGGACUCCACAAGCCUUUGAUAGCUAAGUUGCCCUGCUGCUCUGGAGAGCAGAUAGCAGAAGAGGGAGAUGCCCCCGAAAGAGAGAGACUGCUUGGUGGGGAAAAAGCUGCACAAGAGAGCUAAUAUUGGACAAAAUGCUGCCUGCAAUGCCUUGCUCUUGUGUGUGUGUUUAGGCAUUUGCUUUUUUUUAACAGUUAUUUCUAUUUUAUGCACAGAACUGAAAUGAAUGAGUAGGUGAGUACUUCUAUCGUAAUCUCUGUCAAAAUCAGAUAAGAGAUGGAGAUUGUGGCAAAAGAGAAUCACAUUUUAGUAUUGUUUUAGAAGAGUUUGAAUCAACACUCCUGCCCUGGGAGUCACACCUUUGACCUCAUCACUUUAAAACAUCACUUUUUUAAGCCAUUUUUUUCUCACAUAACUAAAUGGUUUUGAAUACAAAGCAUUACUUUUAAAAAGGGAUGAGAACAACAUAGUUAAAAAAAAUAUGUAAUUGUAAUUUUAAACUCAAUAUUUGAAAAUAUGUUGUUUUUUUAUUCUGAUUUUAUAGGUUUUAAAUUAAAAACAAUUAUCUUUUUGCACAUUAUUUUUAUGUGCUGUGUGACUACAUGUUCUAUUGUUUUACUUUACAAAGACUUGUUAUUGAUUUUAGGUACAAAUAAUUACAUGUAAUGCAAGAUAUUGAGACUUUUUUUCAAUGAUUUCAGCUUCACUUUAUACUUGCAUAUAUUUACUGUACUGUCCGCACUACAAAACAAUACCUGUAAAACAUCAUACAAGUAGAUAUGAACUCUGUAUGGGCUUAACAUCCCAAUGCAAAGUUUAAAACAUAAGCUGCAUUAAUAUGAUUAAUUAAAACGAU